AUGGCAGACUCCAAAAUUUACCCCGCUACCACCAUCACCAACAUCAAAACAUCCAUCCCUAUUGUGCUUGACAUGGAAAACGACAAAUACAUAAAUUGGUCUACCCUAUUCAAGUUGCAUUGUCAUGCUCAUCUGGUGUAUGAACACAUCGUUCCAUCACCGGAGUCUACGGAGACGCCGACAGUCUCCUCCUCCACUGAUGCUGAAAAAGCAACCGCAAAGGCUCUUCCAAAUAGGCUAGAUGCUAUAGUUAUUCAAUGGAUUUAUAGCACAAUAUCUUUAGAUCUCCUAAACUCCAUCAUUGAACUGGAUGAUAAGGCCAAAGAUGCUUGGAAUCGCUUGAUGGACAUAUUCCAAGACAAUCAAAAUUCCCGUGCCAUAUUUCUCGAUACUGAAUUCACUAAUACUCAUCUUAGUGACUUCCCUAAUGUAUCAGCCUACUGUAACCGAUUGAAGGUAUUGGUGGAUCAAUUGGAGAACGUAGGGGCAAACAUCUCGGAUAAAAAAUUGGUAGUGAAACUUAUUGCUGGACUCACCGAAGCCUACAACGACUUUGUCACUGUUAUUCAACAACGUGACCCUCUUCCUUCAUUUUCCAAGGCUCGUUCAAUGCUUUGUUUGGAGGAGAAAAACAUGCAACAACGUGCCCAACGUGACUCAGGUUCGACCUCAUCUUUGCUUGUGACUUCUUCUACUGAUAAUUCUGUUUCUUAUGGAUAG